AUGGCUGACAAAACAGCCAUUCGUUCCAAAAAAACAAAACAUAGCAGAACAAGUUGGUCCGAACUUCCAAUUGACCCUUUUGAAUUGAUCUUAUCAAAACUGUCCCCAGGAAGCAUACUGCGGCUCGAAGCAGUUUGUCGUCCAUGGCUUAAGGCCAUCAAAUACAUCUCACGCUCAUCGCCGUCCUUCACUUGCUUACCAGAGCAGCCGCUGCUCCUUGCUUUUCAAGACGAGGGCAAAGAUGGUGUUGGUUUUUACAGUCUUGAAGGCAAGUUUUACAACAUGCCUAAACAGUUAUGCGACGGAGAUAGUAUUUGCAUUGGGUCCUCUCACGGCUGGCUGCUUUUCUUGAGCAACAAGAAACAACUGCUGCUCUUAAAUCCCGUAUCUGCAGGGAUCCAGCUUCUGCUCCCACCACUUGAUACUUUUCUGUAUAGCAUUGAUCCAGUAAUUGUUCUCCAGAAGUCUGGGAGACAUCGGCGACAAAGGAUGCUCAAGGUUGCUGUCUCUUUGCAACCAACCUGCGGCAACAAAAAAAGCAUUGGGGUCUUGCUAAUGUACAAUUACCACGGUUCCAUUGGUGGGUGUAACUGUCUUGCUUUCUGCACGCCUGCGGAUAACAAGUGGACAAAGCUUGCCGGGCAGAAAGCGUAUGUUGAUGUUACGAGCGAUCACAAUGGCUUCUAUGCCUUAAACGUAGAUUACAGCGUUGAAGUCUGGGAUUUCACCAAUUCCUUGAUUCCCAUAAAAAAACCCUGCAUAGCCAAAACUGGGGCAAGUGAUCUGUUCUUGGUUCAGAGGAUCAGUUCUUUGCCCAUCCUCCCGGUUCCAUUCAUUGUUUAUAAGCUCGAAUAUAAUAAUCGGGAUGGUACAUGUACAUCUGGAUGGACAAAGGUGGAAUCCUUUGGCAACCAGGCAUUGGUUUUGGGUUCGAAUCAGUCCAUAUUCGUCACACCCCAGGAAUUUGAUCAUGAGAACUCAAUCUACUUCACCUAUGCACCAUCUUAUGACACCUGUUUUUUAUGCGUGUAUAAUUUGAGAAGGAAAAACAUAAAAAUAGUCAGUGAUGAUCUUGGAUUAACAGGGCUUGAAAAACAAGUUUACUGGCUUGAACCUCGUUUUUUUAGCACUGUGGCUAGCUAG